UAAAUUUACAUCAAUUCGUGUAAUAAAAACCAAAAAUUUCUUUAUUCAAAAAAUGGCAUUCAAAUCAGUCAUUGUUUUCUUGGUAGCCAGCUUGAAUGUUUUCGCUUUGGCUCAACCAGUAACUUACUUACGAGACAGCGGUUUACAAAAUUCAUUAGUUUCACCUUAUUAUCAGAGUUCAUUAAUUGGAUAUCCAAAUUUCAUUAACAGCGUGAAUACUGUAAGCAGCUUAGGAUAUCCUGCAGUUUUAUCGUCACCAUACGUUUCGCCAUCAUACGUAUCACCAGGCCUCAUCUCAUCUUACAAUCCCAUUGGAUAUUCUGGGUAUCCAUCAUAUUCAAACCAAAACUUGAACCAACAAAUUUCUCCAGUUCAAGUAAACUUCUAAGUUUAUAUAGUUAGA